AUGAUUAUCACUAAUCGCCAUUACUUCUGUCAUCAAGGCCUCGGUAUUAAUGCAUACGAUCUGUCAGUUGAUAUGUUGGAUGUUCACGCCGAUCGAAAUACUUUCCAUCGUUUCGAUAAAUUUAACACCAAAUAUAAUCCUGUUGGUGAGAGCACACUACGUGAAAUAUUCAUCAAAACCGAUAACUACGUCGGAGGAAAGUAUUUCGCUGAAGUGCUAAAAGUAAGACAACUUUUUUAA